ACGUGAAUGCUGUCCACUGUGUUUAAGAAAAGAAAAUUUGCAAAUUGUAGUAAAAUAGCAAUAUAUGCACGUUAUAAAGAUUUAUUUGAACCGUUGCAAAAUUGUAAAUUUCAUGUUUAAUGAGCGCUAUACGGCAACAAUCUGUGCGACCACGAAAGUAUAAUGAGCCAGACACUCAAUGAAUCGGCGCAUAGUAUAGGCUCAGACGAACAAGAUGAUACACGUGAUGAAGCCAAUGGCACAGACAACAGCGGCAGUGGCAGUGGCACCGGUAGCUCCGGCUCAGAUUCAGACUCGGACAGCUCUUCGGGAAACUCAAGUGAUGGUCGUAGCUCGCCGGAUCAUGAACCAGAGGAAAUGGCUAAGUCGGUGGCAGGUUUUCCACCUACAGCAGCGGCCGCACAAGCGGAUACAAAGACAAAUGGCUUUACGGACGACAAUGAUAGCUCGAGUGGCUCAAGCGACAGUGAUUCCGAUUCGGAAGCGGGUGCAGAGAACGAUGCUGCUGCUGCCAGCAGAGCUAACAAUUCAACACAAUCGGCUUCCAGUAAGCUCAACACAAGUCAGACAUCGACAUCUUCCGGUACAUCGGCUCCAAACGAAGAUUAUGACGAAGACGAUGAGGAUGAUGAAGAGGAGGAUUCGGAGAAAUUGGCAAACACUGCCAACAGUCAGAGCGCGAAUGCUGCGGAUGCGGCUAGCGAAGCUAGCGAAGCCAGCGCCGAAGAGGAGGACGAUGCCAGUGAUAGCUCUGCCAAUGCUUCGCCCUCAUCCUCCAGCUCCAGCAGUGAAGACGAUGAGGAAGACUAUAGGCCCAAGCGUCCCACCCGUCAGGCACGUAAGGGAGCGACAGAGAAACCGAAGCGACCACCGCCUGCAAAGAAAAAGACGAAGCAAACCUGGGACUCUGAUGAAAGUGAUGAAAGCGAUGCAGAUAGCGAGGAGGCUGCGAACACACAAAAACGGAAGCCACCAACGACCAGCAAGUCUGGCGGCAACAAGUCACAGCAGCGGCGCCGCGUGAAGUCAUACAGCUCAGAAGAUAGUGAUGAUGAUGAACAAAAGCGAUGUGCAACACGACGCACGGCAGCAGCUGUUAGCUAUAAGGAAGCAUCCGAGGAUGAAGCAACUGACUCAGAGGAUUUGCUUGAAUUGGACUAUGAUGAGAGUCAAGCAGCGGCGGUGGCCGCUGAAGAGGAAGAGAAAUGCGAGACGAUUGAGCGCAUACUGGCGCAACGAGUGGGAAAAAAAGGCUGUACGGGUAACCAGACCACCAUUUAUGCCAUUGAAGAGAAUGGCAGCGAUCCCAAUGCAGACUGCAAUGAACAGGAUACUGAGCACACUGAAGUGCAAUACCUCAUUAAAUGGAAGGGUUGGUCCUAUAUACACAAUACGUGGGAAUCAGAUGCAACGUUGCGCGACAUGAAAGCCAAGGGUAUGAAGAAGUUAGAUAAUUUCAUAAAAAAAGAGCAGGACACAGCCUAUUGGCGUCGCUAUGCAGGUCCCGAGGAUAUAGACUAUUUCGAGUGUCAAAUGGAACUGCAACAGGAGCUGCUGAAGUCCUACAACAAUGUAGAUCGCAUUAUCGCACGUGGACAAAAGCCUGAGAGUAGUAAUGAGGAAUACUUAUGUAAAUGGCAAUCCUUACCCUAUGCUGAAUCCACAUGGGAGGAUGCUACUCUGGUGCUGAGAAAAUGGCAACGUUGUGCCGAGCAAUUCAACGAUCGUGAAAAUUCCAAAUGCACGCCCUCCCGCCAUUGCAAAGUGCUCAAAUAUAGACCGAAGUUCUCACGAAUUAAACAACAGCCCACCUUUUUAUCAGAAGGUUUAACGCUGCGUGACUAUCAAAUGGAUGGGCUCAAUUGGCUGCUGCAUUCGUGGUGUAAGGAAAACUCCGUCAUUCUGGCCGAUGAGAUGGGUCUGGGCAAGACCAUACAGACCAUAUGCUUUCUAUACUCGCUCUUUAAGUUCCAUCAUUUAUAUGGCCCCUUUCUGUGUGUCGUUCCAUUGAGCACGAUGACUGCGUGGCAGCGUGAAUUCGAUUUAUGGGCACCGGAUAUGAAUGUGGUCACAUAUUUGGGCGAUGUAAAGUCUCGUGAGCUUAUUCAGCAGUAUGAAUGGCUUUUCGAGGGCUCAAAAAGGCUGAAAUUCAAUUGCAUAUUGACUACGUAUGAGAUUGUUCUGAAAGAUAAACUAUUUCUGGGCACAUUGCAUUGGGCAGCGUUGCUGGUGGAUGAGGCACAUCGUUUGAAAAAUGAUGACUCUCUGCUAUACAAGUCGCUCAAAGAGUUCGAGACAAAUCAUCGUUUGCUCAUCACGGGAACGCCCCUACAAAACUCAUUGAAGGAAUUGUGGGCGCUCCUGCAUUUCAUAAUGCCAGAGAAGUUCGAUACAUGGGAGAACUUUGAGGUCCAGCAUGGCAAUGCAGCGGAAAAGGGUUACACGCGGUUGCAUCAGCAACUGGAGCCUUACAUUUUAAGGCGUGUGAAGAAGGAUGUCGAGAAGUCGUUGCCUGCGAAAGUGGAACAAAUCUUGCGCGUAGAGAUGACCUCACUGCAGAAACAAUAUUACAAAUGGAUACUCACCAAGAACUUCGAUGCGUUGCGAAAGGGCAAGAGAGGCUCGACGUCCACGUUUCUCAACAUCGUCAUUGAGCUGAAGAAAUGUUGUAAUCAUGCAGCGCUCAUUAGACCAUCCGAAUUCGAACUAAUGGGUCUCCAGCAGGAUGAGGCGCUACAAACAUUACUCAAGGGCUCUGGAAAGCUAGUGUUGUUGGACAAGCUGCUCUGUCGCCUCAAGGAGACUGGGCACAGGGUUCUAAUCUUUUCACAAAUGGUUCGCAUGUUGGAUGUGCUGGCGGAUUAUCUGCAGAAGCGUCAUUUCCCAUUCCAACGACUGGAUGGCAGCAUUAAAGGUGAAAUGCGUCGUCAGGCUCUGGAUCAUUUCAAUGCGGAAGGAAGUCAGGACUUUUGUUUCUUACUUUCCACACGCGCCGGCGGUUUGGGCAUCAAUUUGGCAACAGCCGAUACUGUGAUUAUAUUCGAUUCGGAUUGGAAUCCACAGAAUGAUCUACAGGCACAGGCCCGUGCCCAUCGCAUCGGGCAAAAGAAUCAGGUGAACAUUUAUCGUUUAGUCACAGCGCGUUCGGUGGAGGAGCAAAUUGUGGAACGGGCUAAACAGAAAAUGGUCUUAGAUCACCUCGUGAUACAGCGCAUGGACACUACGGGGCGUACAGUGCUAGAUAAGAGUGGCAGUGCUAAUUCGAGCAACUCCAAUCCCUUCAAUAAAGAUGACCUGUCGGCCAUAUUGAAAUUUGGAGCCGAAGAGUUGUUCAAGGAUGAGCAGGAGCAUGAUGACGAGCUGGUCUGCGAUAUAGAUGAUAUACUGCGACGUGCCGAGACUCGCAACGAGGAUCCAGAAAUGCCCGCAGAUGAUUUACUAUCCGCUUUCAAGGUCGCAAGCAUAGCUGCUUUUGAGGAGGAGCCCAGUGAGCCAGCUAAGGAGACUGAUAAUGGAGGUGAUCCAGAUGAUGAGGAUGAUAGCAAAGACUGGGAUGACAUAAUACCAGAAGGAUAUAGGAAAAUAAUUGAGGAUCAGGAACGCGCCAAAGAAAUGGAGGAUCUGUACUUGCCCCCACGACGAAAAACGGCAACAGCGAAUCAGAACGAAGCAGCCAGACGUCAAGGAGCGAAGGGCGGCAAAAACAAACAGCCCGAGGACUCAGCUGACUCCGAUUACGAGGUGGGGUCCGACGCAAGCGGUGAAGAGGGCAAACCACGGAAACGCGGACGUCCAGCGAUGAAGGAGAAGAUCCACGGCUUCACGGAUGCUGAACUGCGUCGUUUCAUCCGAAGCUACAAGAAAUUCCCAGCACCAUUGCUGCGUCUGGAAGCUAUUGCCUGCGAUGCUGAACUGCAGGAGAAACCGUUAGCAGAGUUGAAGCGGCUGGGAGAAAUGCUGCACGAUCGUUGCGUGCAGUUUUUGGACGAGCACAAGGAGGAAGAGACAAAGACUGUGGCGGCGGCCGCAAGCACGGAGGAGCCAGCAGCCAAGCAGAGACGCACGCGUGCCACCUACUCGGUGAAAUUGGGCGGCGUCUCCUUCAAUGCCAAAACGCUAUUGGCCUGCGAGGAAGAAUUGCAGCCGCUGAAUGAGAUUAUGCCGAAUACGGCGCACGAACGUCAAAACUGGACCUUCAACAUUAAGACGCGUCCAGCCAAUUUCGAUGUCGAAUGGGGUGUCGAUGAGGACAGCAAACUCCUUUGCGGUAUAUAUCAAUAUGGCAUCGGCUCCUGGGAGCAAAUGAAACUGGAUCCCAAUCUCAAGCUAAGCGAAAAAAUCUUGCCUAAUGAGGCUAGCAAGCCACAAGCCAAACAUCUGCAAUCCCGCGCUGAGUACCUGCUGAAGAUUAUCAAGAAAAAUGUCGAGCUCAAGAAGGGCAAACAGCAACGGCAGCGAAAGCCACGUAAAACGCGAGCCGGAGAGCUUAAGUCUACUGGCAGCACAACCAGCACCGCCACCACAAAUGCCACACCCGAACGCAAAUCCCGACCCCUAAGCGAAUCCCAUGCCGAUGAAACAUCUGCCAAUACGGGUGACAACGGUGAGCGCAAGAUGCGUCAACGGGAUAGCACAUCUAAAUCGGAUGCGAUCCAUCAAGACGGUGCACACGAUCAGCAAUCGCCCGUUGUUGAGAGCACAGCAAGCGGCAAAAAGAAGAAAAACAAAGCUCGCACCAAGAAAUCCACGACGGCUGACAACAAUGGAAACAAACCCAUGCAUUUCACCGCCAAUAACGAACCAAGAGCACUUGAGGUGUUAGGUGACUUGGACCCUAGCAUUUUCAAUGAAUGCAAAGAAAAGAUGAGACCAGUGAAGAAAGCUCUUAAGGCUCUCGAUCAACCCGAUGUUAGUCUCUCCGAUCAGGAUCAGCUGCAGCAUACGCGCGAGUGCCUGCUCCAGAUUGGCAAGCAAAUCGAUGUGUGUCUGCAGCCGUACAGCGAGGCCGAGAAGAAGGAGUGGCGCAGCAACUUGUGGUACUUUGUGUCCAAGUUUACAGAGCUCGAUGCGAAAAGACUGUUCAAGAUAUACAAGCACGCCCUGAAGCAACAGAGCGGAGCAACGACGAUGCCGGCAGCAACGUCUACCUCCACGGCUACGUCAACGGGCGGGGGCAAUCCAGUUGUGGAUGAGAGCGGCAACAGCAAGUCCAAGUCAAAGCGCAUUGAGAACGGCAUAGCCAAGGAGCAACGCGACAAGAGCGGCAAGAAGAAGAAAAAGGAUAAGGACAAGGACCGCGAGCGGGACAAUGCUCAGGCGCGCUUUGGUAGCGGCGGCGGUGGAGCAACGGCAGGUGAAAAAUCAGCGCGACGUUUCGGACUCGAAUCACCACUGAAGCGUAAACGUGAUGAGAAUGAUGCCGACUCGUGUGGUCUGGGUGCAUCGGGGGCCGGAACUGGUGGCAUCAGCGACAAUCUGAAGACCAUGUCGUUUAAGCGACUUAACAUGGAAAGCACUAGACAUGGUAGCAGUAGCAGCAGCGGUGGUACGGGCGGCGCAAGUAACGCUGUCGGCGGCCAUGAGGAGCGCAAGAAGCACCAUCGUGAUGACUACUAUGGUAGUGGCUAUGAUGCCGCCUCCAGUCGACGCAAUACUCUCAAUUCGCCCUCAACACCUACCAGUCGUGCCCGCUAUGAGGCUCUCCCACCACCUAGUGGAUACACUCCUGGCGGCAGCAGCGCCAUGGAACUGGAACGUUGUUAUCCGCGAGAUCGCUACGGUGCAGACUAUAAACGCGAACGCUACGAUAGCUAUAAUCGGAGCAGCGCUGGCGGCUACCAUCGUGAUCAUCGCGAACGUGAUCGCGAUCGUCGUCCCGAAAAACGCAGAUAUCCGCCCGCUCAUAUGCCACCGCAUCCCUAUUCGUCCCACUACCCGCAGCCCAACUACUACAUGCCCAAUGGUGUGAUACCGGGGCUGGCGCCACCACCUGGCUAUCGGGGGGAUCCGCGUGGUUAUGCGGUAAUGCCGCGCGAAUAUCCCGCGGACUACAGGCGCAGCGACUACGAGCGACGCACACAAACGUGAGACCUGCUCAUCGAUAAAGGCCCCCUCUCCCUCCCAAAUAACUGAACAGUUUUUAUUUGUAAAUGCAAUUGAAGCGGCAGCUUAACUGUAUAUAAAUUAAUUUUAAGAGUACAUUUAUGCGCACGCAUUGCAAUGCUCGGUGUCUGUGAACCUACACGGGUAUUUCUAUUAGUUGAAUUCAUGAAUUUUCCUCUGUAAUGCAUCCGCACACAGCCACACACCCGCACAUCUUUACACACAUUUAUACUGUACGAAGACAAGCUAUUUAUAUAUAUAUAUAUAUAUUUUUACUAUUGUUAAUUUUCAUAGGAUAAGUCGGUAAAAAGCAUAAUAUAGCAGCGUCGUAGCCUGCGAUGCGAUUAAUAUUUAGGAAUAAGUGUAUAACUGCAUUAGGCUUAGAAACAAACAACUUUGUCUAUAAACAUAGUGUAAUAUUUAGAUUUGGUUCGUUACUUUUUGCAGCACUGUACAGCAAAUUAUGUGUCAAGUCUUGAAAGCUUUUAAACAAACCAAUUCUCAUUAAUUUUAAACGCAGCAUAUGAAGUUAAGUAAAUGCGUUUUUCUCGUAUAGAAAGCGAAGAGUCUUUGCAUUCUCACUUUUAUUUAUAUGUAUGGCGCCAGAGAAGUUUAUGUACUUUAGCUAACUUUAAAGCUAUUUAUUAUUCUAAAUAGUAGCUAUAAAUAUAUAAAUCUAUAUAUAUGUGUGUAUCUCUAAUAAGUGAAUUAUCGUGUUAACGCUAAAAAGUAAAAAAAAAAAUAUAUAUAUAUAUAUAUAUUAUAUGAAAAAUGGAUGUGUUCUUUAUAUUUCUGUGAAAAGGAAAAUAAUCAUUAUUAAUGUUCAAAAUUCAAUUCAAAAUCAAAUUAAGUGAUUUAAUUCAGUGGAAGAAAGCAACGUCAU